AUGAAAAAGAAAAAGAAAAAGAAAGGGGGCCAGAGGAAGCCGACGACGCGUAGCUUGUCGUUCAUCUUACUCGAACCAGAAAACGAAAGCUUUGAUCCCCAGUUUUUGGUUCAAGCUUGGAAUUUUCAGUUCCAGCUACCUCGGUAAAUAGGGCGGCCCCGUUUUAUUCAGUGUGGUCUGCCGUCUCUGAAUCCGUCGUUGUUUCGUCGGCCUAAAACCCUACAAAAAGGUCGGUUCUUUCUGAAACCCCAAAGGAAAAAAAAAAAUUAGGGUUUUUGGUUUUCAUGGAGGCAUCUUCCGGAAAUGGUAGUCCCGCCAGUGGGGGAGCCAGUGGGGGAGCCACUGGGGAUAGCAGCAAUACGUCGUCGUUCGGGUCUAUGCAGUUCCCCGCCCUCCGGUUAUUCCAGUCGCCGCUCUCAUUCGUGUUGGAUUACUCCGGAAUACUCUCUCCCAGCUCUUCGCGCCGCGAUUCCGACGCUCCGGUGGUCAACGCUGUAGUCGUCGCCGAUUCUCAGCCCCACUCCCCUACGGCCUGCACCUCCGGGUCGAGCAACACCGGGGAGGUUUCGAUUCGGAUUAUCGGCGCCAGCGAGCACGAGGACCGCGGGAACGGGGGUGCGACGGUACCGGUUCAAGGGGAGGAGAAUGGUGGGUCGCCGGGUAGGGUUCAAUCGUUGGAUGAUCUGGCGGGUACAGUCAAUGGGGUUGGGUCGGACGAGAGAGUCCCCUUGGUGGCUUCGUCGUCUCCCACACACGCUGGGGAUACUGGGAAUGGCGCGGAGGAUAGUUCUAGGGAUUCUGCUUACCAGAGAUAUGAUAUUCAGCAGAUAGCUAGGUGGAUUGAGCAGAUUCUUCCGUUUUCGUUGCUCUUACUCGUUGUGUUCAUUCGUCAGCAUUUGCAAGGUUUCUUUGUCACUAUAUGGGUAUCAGCUGUCAUGUAUAGGUCGAAUGAUGUUGUUAAGAAGCAGACUGCUCUAAAGCGAGAUAGGAAAAUCUCUGUUCUUGUAAGUAUUGCUGGUGCUUUUAUGCUUCAUGUAGUUGUUGUUUACUUGUGGUAUCGAAGUGAUGAUCUUCUAUACCCAUUGGCAAUGCUUCCUCCAAAAACCAUACCACCUUUCUGGCAUGCCAUAUUCAUCAUUUUGGUAAAUGAUACCAUGGUGAGGCAGGCAGCGAUGGCUUUCAAGUGUUUGUUGCUUAUAUAUUACAAGAAUGGCAGAGGCCAUAACUAUCGUCGGCAGGGUCAAAUGUUAACUGUCAUUGAGUACACACUGCUGCUGUACCGUGCCUUGUUACCAGCACCCGUUUGGUACAGAUUCUUCCUGAACAAAGACAAUGGGAGCCUCUUCUCCUCACUUACAACGGGAUUAUAUUUAACUUUCAAGCUAACAUCUGUUGUUGAGAAGGUCCAAUCCUUUUUUGCUUCCAUAAGGGCAUUGUCAAGGAAGGAUAUCCAUUAUGGGUCUCAUGCAACAUUGGAACAGGUAAAUGCAGCAGGAGACCUUUGUGCCAUUUGCCAGGAGAAGAUGCAUGCUCCAAUUCUGUUGCGCUGUAAACAUAUUUUCUGCGAGGAUUGUGUCUCUGAAUGGUUUGAGAGAGAAAGAACUUGCCCUCUAUGCAGGGCACUAGUAAAACCUGCAGAUUUGCGAACAUAUGGGGACGGAUCAACGAGUUUAUUUUUCCAGUUGUUCUGAACUCCGAGUGUUCUCCUCGUGGAGCGGAUACAUAUGAGCAGCGUUCUUGAGUGUCUCGGUUUUGUUUUGUUUUGUUAUAUAGGCAAAAAUGAAUGUAUGUCCAAUAGCAUUGUAUCAUCAUCAGGUUGCCUCCAGGUAAUCAGAUGGAAGGUAUGAGACGAGAUGCGGAUCGAUAUGACGUCAAUAUGCUGCAAUCAUGAGGUCAUCCAUGAUCCCAGUGGAUGAUGAAAAACAGUAGAUGACAUGAUUAUUAAGCUGCCAUGCCAUUUCUCAGCUACAAAAUGGUGGCCUCUGAUUACUUUGGGGUCCUCUGUUCAUAUAUUAUCUCCUUUGUGUAGAUACAUCUUUUCACUCUCUUCGCUAAUAUUUACAAGAUCUUUUCACGCAUCUGUGUUUGACCGCAGAAGCAAAUCCUCA